ACACACGGUUUUGUUUUUCUUUGGUUGAGCAGGGCAGUCCAGUCUUUAGUUCAAACUCCAAAGCAUUUGAACACUGCCUUGAAUAUAAAAGGUACUCAGUAAAUGGUCACCUUUACUUCAAGAACUGCCCCCUACCUGAAGAAAAGAAAUACUAAAAACUUACCUGAAAACAGUUUAGAUUUUAUAGACCCUACCAUAUACCUUGUGAUCUUAGAAUACAUAAAAUAUCCUUGCUCUUUUUCCUACUUCACUAUUACUUCGAGCAUCCCCUAACUAAAAGCUGCCACUUUAAAAAUCCUUCUGAGGUUUGUUUUUAAACUAUUUCAUGCAAAUGUAGAGCUUUAUUCAUCCUUAUAGCUAAUGUACACUGGGUCCCUAAUUGCCUGACAUUAUGCUAAUGAUGUAGAGAGUACUUACCCUCAGGGACUUUAGAAUUGAAUAGAGGAGUAAGGCAUAAUUACAGUUGAGUGCCACAGAGAAGACAUUCAAAGAGACCUAAUUUAGCCUCAGAAAGUCAAAGGACACUUCACAAAAGAGGUGACAGCACGUCAGAUGAGACCAAAGGGUGACAUAGGUUUGGUCUUCUUUAUUAAAGUGUUUUCUGCUUUGUUCCAAGAGUACUCUAAGAGCCCCAAGACUAAGAAAAGACUAGCACGCUUAGAUUUACAUAAUAAAAAGCCUUCCUUCCGGCCACAGUGGAAAGCUGAGCAUGAUCCUUAAAGUGCCAGUCCAGCAUCUCCAGCGAUGAACUUGGAGAAGGAAGCCUUAUCGAAUGUUAAUCCAUCUGCGAUUUCCUUCACGGGGAAUUACGUUACAUGUCAACCGAAAUAUACACUGCUGCUUAGUUGUGGGUACAGGAGCGCUGAAUAAGAGGAGUGGAGUGAGUUGUAACAAAUCAAGCCCCAGCCUGGUGUGCUCGGACGUAAUCCCACAACAGAGGAAGAAGAGGGAGGCCAGCCUGAGCUACAUAGAACCUGUCUCAACAGAAAAUGUUUCCUUUGGAUCCUAAAAGAAGAAAAGAAUGGGUUCGCCUGGUUAGGCGUAAAAAUUUUGUGCCAGGAAAACACACUUUUCUUUGCUCAAAGCACUUUGAAGCCUCCUGUUUUGAUCUAACAGGCCAAACCCGACGGCUUAAAAUGGAUGCUGUUCCAACCAUUUUUGAUUUUUGUACUCAUAUAAAGUCUCUGAAACUCAAGUCAAGGAAUCUUCUGAAGAAAAACAACAGUCUUACUCCAAGCGGACUGUGCAAUUUAAAGCUGAACAGUAGUCAGCAGGUACUGCUGGAACACAGCUAUGCCUUCAGGAACCCUAUGGAGGCGAAGAGAAGGAUAAUUAAGCUAGAAAAGGAAAUAGCAAGCUUGAGGAGAAAAAUGAAAACAUGCCUGCAAAGAGAGCGCAGAGCGACUCGACGAUGGAUCAAAGCCACGUGCUUUGUGAAGAACUCGGAAGCAAGUGGUGUGCUCCCUAAGGGUAUCUCGGAGCAGAGUCUACCAACUGCCUUAAGCCAUCUUCCCCUGGAAGAUUUAAACAUUCUUGAACAAGAUCCACAAGAUAAAGCAGUACCCAUUCUCUAGGGGUGAACGGGACGAGACUCUGCACUCAAGCUCUUGGUACACAGACCCGGUGCCCAUGCCCGCCAGCACCCACCACACUCUGCCUGUGGCGCUGCAGUCAGGUUCCGCGGUUUCCCUUGAAGAAGCAGUGUCACUGUAUGGAGACCUGCGGGAGUGGGAAAUCCAGUGACAAGCUUGAGAACAAGUAUAAGUGCCUUACGUGAGGAUCGCGUACGCAGGAAACACUGCUAGAGGUUGUUUCUGGUCUUGUUUUUUUUUUUUUUUGUUUUGUUUUGUUGUUUUUUUAAACUGCUGUCAAAUAGAAACAACAAAUGAUAUGGUCAUAUAAGGAAAAGUGUUCUGCACCAAAGCUGGGAUAUUACAUUCUAAAGAACAUGUGAAGUAGGAGCUAAUCGCAUUAAAUGUGAGCUUAAAACUACUCGAUUUUGUAUGAAUUAAAUUAUUGGGAUUGUGGUUGAAAAUUUAUAGAAUAAAACCUCUGGGGUACAGGGCAAGGCUUUUUUUUUUUUUCUUUUUUAGCCUUUUGUAUUUUAAACAGUGAAAGUAAGCUUAUCAUGGCCUUUCUUAUAAGAACACUGAAUUUAAAAGUAGGUUGUAAAAUAAUUUGAAAAUAGUAUUUUGAAUGUGAAAUACCUUUGAGACUCUAAACUAGGCGAGGCCUCAAGUACCUCAGACUGGGAAAACCCAGUGAGUUAUAUUCAACUUCUAAGAAAAUAUACAGAAUAUAAUGCAGAAUUUGAAGUCUAGCUAUUACCUUAACAAAAUAAAUAGACAACUGUAUAUAUUCUUUUUCUUAUAAAAAUAUUGAAUUUCCAUCUUCAUAAUUGAUACAUUAAUAACUACUUUAGACCGUCUGUUCCUUGUUUUGAUAACAAAUUCUUAAGCUGAUGUUUCUUUUUAUAGCUACUUCUUAGCUGCCUUUUUUAUGUCAAAAAUAGCUUUUUCCCUCCUUAAUAAAUGACAGUAUAAUUUAAUCACAGGGGACUACUUAACUAUGCCGAGUUUCAGACCCAGGCAGGCUGCUGAGGUUUGUACUUAGCAUGUCAAUGUCUGGGGGUCUGAAAGCUUCUAAGAAAGUGUUUGAGGAUCUAAAACAGUAUUGGACAGUCUAAGAAGGUAUUUUAAGGUUGGAAAGUUCAGCAUAGAGGGCGGGGCAUGCCAGCCAUGCCCUGCACCAGGAAGGGACUGGGAGAUCUGAGAGGACCUGGAGCCCAGGUCCACUUUGCUAUGCUCCAUAUCCACCUCAGUCCUGGAUCUGAAACCCAACAGUGGUAAAUUAAACAAGCUCAGUUUAUCUUACCCCAUCAGCUUGCUUUUUAACUUUUUUUUUUUUU